AUGCACCCAAUUGCGCAACAAAAACACACAACGAAUAUUCCUUGUGUCCGCUCGCUUGAUACGGUAUGUAUCAGAAGAAAAUGCGUGUUGCUGUUUUUUGGCGAUGUGUCGUGUAUACUCAAUUCGGUACAUUUUGUUGCUCAGCUUGCUGUUUCUUUUUUUCUUUCUGCACAUUCAAACAGAGGCAGGAGCAGUCCACGCUCGCCGUACUUUGUUUUUUACGAGAGCAUCUUUUUAAUGAACGCACGAAUGACAGAGCGGGGUUACACCUUGGUUUUUCAUCGUGGUGUCGUAGCUCUUUUUUCCUCGAGAGUGGGUGGGAUUCAGCUUUCGCUGUGGUUUCUGAUUUUAUUUUUUUUUUUAUUUCUUUUUGAUUUUGACAGGGUGUUGUAGUGUUUUUCGCUGAGAGUCCUCGUCCCAGUCACACUUUCUUCAGUAUUCUUUUGCUAGCAAAUUUUGAUUCUUCUUCGUGUUCGUUCUGUCGACAUUCAUAUGCCAGGCUUAGGAAAAUUCGAACACUGUAAGAACCUCGUAUCCUACCGUACCCAAAAUCCCAACUUGACAAGGAGGCACUUCAUGGAAGGUUUUGCAUUGUAUUGAGCAAAGUGGUCCGGUCUGCCGCAGCUUCCGAUAAAAUAAGUGUAGCUUCCUCCUCUAGUGCGGUGCAGAAGAUCUUCAGACAUGAUGACGAG